CGGAUGUCAACAAGCAGUUGUUAAUCUUCGAGUUGUCUUCCCAUAAAAAAAAUGAAACUGGUCUGUCAUUUUUGUCUUUUUGGAAAAAUAGUUUUAUCCCCUCGGAACGUUUUAGCUAGUCAGCUGGUACAGCAUUAGCUGGUUGGCUAGCUCCACUGUGCUAACUGGACAUUUAGAGGACCAGAGUGCAUUUGUGUUUUGAGAGAGAGACCUGGGAAGAGUACCCUCAAAAUGAGCAAGAAACCUCCAAAUCGACCGGGGAUCGAUUUUGAAGUUGGAGCCAGGGUAGAGGCCCAAGACUACCUACAGAAAUGGUACCCUUCACGAAUUGAGAAGAUUGAUUAUGAUGAGGGAAAGAUGCUUGUGCAUUUUGAUCGUUGGAGUCAUCGGUAUGAUGAAUGGAUUCUCUGGGACAGCAAGAGACUUCGGCCACUAGAGAGACCAACACUCCACAAAGAGGGUGUCAAAGAAGAAGAAGAAGAGAUGUCUGAGAGACUCGGCGAGAUGAGAACAUCACGCCUUCGUGAGCUCCCUGGAAGUUCGGAGAGUACAGAGGACCAAAAAGACUUAUCCCAGCAGAGACAAGAAUUGAGAGAUGGUGAGGAAGUGCUUGCUCGAUGGACAGAUUGCCGCUAUUACCCUGCCAAGAUUGAAAGUAUCAACAAGGAAGGCACUUACACUGUACAGUUUUAUGAUGGAGUCAUUCGCUGUGUGAAAAGAAUCCAUAUCAAGUCCAUGCCUGAAGAUGCAAAAGGACAACAGGACUGGAUUGCUCUGGUGAAGGCAGCCACAGCAGCAGCUAAGAGUAAAGGAGGGAGCCGGCCUCGCACAAGCGCCAACAGCAACAAGGACAGAGAGGACAGGAAGGAAAAGCGGUCGGAUGAUGAGCUUGAUAACGAGGAUGAUGAGGAUUCUGAAUCGGAGAAACUCGCAGCAGACCUGGGGUCAGAAGAAGAGGACAGUAAACCAGCUGCUAAGGAUGUUGAAUCCACUGCGAUGAAGAGGAGAAGCAAAAGACAAGGCAACAUGUGUAGCAGGAAAAGGACUCGCCUUAGCAAAGGGACAGGAUUUCCCGACACUGAGUCUGAAAGCAAAAUGGAUCCAAAAGAGCUUCCAGUGACCGCACAGCAGAAAAUGUCAGGAGAAGAAGCUAGUCUAGCAGAGGAGAGACACCAGUCUGCCAGUGCCCAGAGAUCCCCAGCACCCCUCUCUAUUCCUGCUCCUUUCCCGUGCAAGUCUCGCUCCAGGAGGUUUAAGCACGACUCGGGAGAGUCCACCUCCAUCAGUCAGAACAUAACCAUAGCUCCUGAACCCAGUCCUUUACUCAGCUUGACACAAACCCUCCCAGACAGCGCACACAUUGCCCCUCUCAACUCCCCCCAGAGAAGGAGACGUUCUCAGCGUUUAGUGACUAGCUCUGACCAGACCUGCCCCAACUCACCGCACAUGAGGGAUUCCAUCCCCCACCCUCCACCCACAGACAGCUCUCAGAAAACUAAUGAAGACUGCUGCACUGCAGUCAAAACAGAAGCUUCUUCACAAAAGCCAGUUUCAGGAAGUACAUCAUCAGCCCCACCCACUGGCAGUGCUCAUUCACCAAUCGCUGAGAAGGACAAGAUGACUGACAUGUUGACUAGUAAUCAAACAAUGCUUGGAGAAAACUCACCUUCUAUAGCAAUAGCUUCUGGUCAGAAAGUUCCUUCCAGGAUACCUAAAACCAACAAACAUACCAGAGAGCCAAUUAUAAAUACCAAGAAAUCUGAUGACCCUACUGCUCCCAAUGAGUCUCUAAUAGAUCUGGACCAUAAUAAAUUUAAGUGUAAAGUCCCUGGCUGCUCCAAAGCAUUCCGGAAAGCAAAGCUGCUGGACUAUCACCUGAAGUACUAUCAUAACACAGAAAAGGAAAUGGAUGGCAAGGUCUGCUCACCAGAGAGGAUGGGCCGCACUAGGGCCACAUCUGCUUCCAUGCCUACUAGCACCCCUUCCGAUACCCCAGAAAACAAGAGACGCAGGACCGUCUCCACUUCUUCCUCUCUGUCAUCUCAAGGCUUCAUGCUUCAAAUGGACAGCACUGGCUAUGUGCGGCCUCCAAAGUUUUGUAAAAAGAAACGUUCCUCUGCCUCUGUCAGUUCAGACAGUACAGAGGUGUCUCUACCACCUCCACCCUUUGAUAACCACCACGACAGGUUUCUCAAGAAGGAAAAGCACCUAGAUGCAGCAGGACUAUGUAUAAAGACAGAGCGAAAAUUCAAACUAGAGGAAAAAUGUCAGUUUUUUGCGAAAAAGAGAGAUAAAGACAGGCGGGACAGAAAAGAGAAGGACCUUUUCAGAAUUAAACAGAAGAAAAAGAAAAAAAAGAAGAAGAAAUCGAAACAGCACGGUUAUUCAGACCUGGAAGAGAUGUCAUUGGCUUACCUGGAUAGACAGUCUUCCCCGCUACAUCAUUCUUCCUCCAGUGCCUUCUCAAAGCACAGCACCUUCCAAUUCCCCCGUGCCAUACUGUCUGUCGACCUUACUGGAGAGAACCUGUCAGACAUUGACUUCCUGGAGGACUCAACCACUGAGAGUUUGCUGUUCAGUGGAGAUGAGUAUAACCAGGAUCUAGACUCUAUCACCAUGGAGGACUUCCAGGAUGAGGAUGAUGAUGAUGGUGAUGAUGAGAUUGUCCGCUGUAUCUGUGAGAUGGAUGAAGAAAACGGCUUCAUGAUUCAGUGUGAGGAGUGCAUGUGCUGGCAGCACAGUGUGUGUAUGGGACUUUUGGAGGACAGCAUCCCCGAACAAUACAUCUGCUACAUCUGCAGAGAUCCUCCAGGUCAGCGGUGGAGUGCUAAAUACCGUCAUGAUAAAGACUGGCUCCAAAAGGGCCACAUGUAUGGCCUAUCCUUCCUCGCAGAGAACUACUCGCAUCAGAAUGCCAAGAAGAUUGUUUCCACUCACCAGCUUCUUGCUGAUGUUUACAGUGUUAAAAACCUGCUCCAUGGCCUUCAGCUCAAGAUGGACAUCUUACAGAACAAACAUAACCCAAAUUUGCACUUAUGGGCUCGGUCUUGGGUGAACUCUGAUGAAGACCAGCCUAUGGGGGGUGUUCCAGACUGCCUACAUUUCAAAGAGCACCUCAACCAGGACUCAAACCCUGAAACCUAUAUCACCAGCGAGCACAGCUACCAGAAACCUCCCGGAACAAGCCUUGAACACGCUCAAAGGGAUGAUCAGGGGACCCAAACAGCCUUGCACACCACAAUAUUUAAUAUAAACGAAGAAGAGGUAAGCAGUGCCAUUGCACUGUCUAGCUGUGGAAAUGACAGCAACCUGGGGUCCAUGGAACAGGCCAGAAACUGCCUGCAGUGGCAGAUGAACCUACUUACACACAUUGAAGACAUUCAGAACCAGCUCUCGGGCCGCAUGGAACUCAUUGAGAAAGAGCUUGAUGUGCUGGAGAGUUGGUUGGACUUCACGGGUGAAUUGGAGCCUCCCGAUCCCUUGGCCCGACUUCCACAGCUCAAGUGCCGAAUCAAACAACUUCUGACGGACCUGGGAAAAGUACAGCAAAUGAGCACCCUCUGCUCUGUGUGAUGCACCAAGACAACACACACAUUAUAGUGUGAAGUCUGUGCUUGUAACACCAUCUACUGUUUCUACACACACAUGCUCUACAUGUUUGAGGAGGUGCAUUCAAAAUAAUGCUCAUUUUCAGUAGAUGUGUGAGUAAUGCUGGACUUGGAAGAGAACAAGAGGAAAAUGAUGUGCUUGGCAAUGGACAAUUUUAUAAUGCUUGUCAAUACAAAGUAUGAGAUAAAGGAACAUUCGUGAAUGUGUGAAACAGGAAGAUGCCGGUACAUACAUGCCGAGUCUAAAAAUAACCACAUAUCUGAUUCGUUUUUCCACCGAAAUAUGAAGAGGUCACUAUGGCAGAUUAAUUUCUUUACAUGUAAGGACUGAAGAGAUUGCAUCACACUCAUACAGUUUUGGUAUAAAAAUGUAAUCAUAAAGGCUUCUCCCACUCAAAAGGUGAAUGGUCCCAAAAGUGCCAAAAAAAGAAAAAAAAGAAAACACCACUGUGAUCUGUUUUUUCAGGCACAUUAAAUUUUGUUAAAUGUUUUUGAAAUGGAUGUUACGUUUUAGGCCUGGUUAGGCUCAUUUGCAGUCCGAUUCACUGGUACUAAAUGUUCACAAUUCCAAUAGACUUUUAUUAGACAAACACUGAAGUAGUUUUCAUACAAUUCAUGUCUAAUACUUGCUUUGGCAUGUUUCUCUACAGUCUUGAUGGAUGGAUGUUGUAGUGAGUGACAAGAAAGUUAGCUUCUCUAACAGCAGAUUAUCCAGCUAGUCCACAGAUAUUGGUCUCUUCUCAUCAAGGUCUGUUUAUCAUGUUGAUACUUUGUGAGAUGCUACCCUUCGAGUAAGCUAAUCCUAAAAUGGAUGUAAAUGCAUAUAACAUUGGAAACCUUUUGUUCAGUUUUCUUUGGGGGAGGGGGGGGUAUAUACAGUUUUUAUAACAGUAAGAAAAACCACACAAAAACUAAGGCAUACGAGGACAAUACUUGAAAAUGCCUGUUUAAUCUCAGUUUCUAUUAAUCUGUAAAGAAGUGUUUUAGGUUUAAGACUUGAAGUUUCUUUUGAUGAGAUACCAGCUGUACAUUUAAAGAGUUUAUUUAAAGACCUGAUGUAAGUAUCUGUAUGUACAACCUCAUUAAAAUAUUCUCUACAU